AUGCUACACAUAAAGAUAGGAUUGGAGGGAAUCAUGGAGGAAAUGCAAAGAAAAGUUUACCAAGCAGCAGUGGAAGGGAACGUAACUUCCUUGCAGAGAUUGCUUGAGGAGGAUAAGCUUGUUCUUGAUGGAUGUAAUUCGGAUUGUUUUGCAGAGACACCUCUGCACAUAUCUGCUAUGCUUGGACACCUGGAAUUUACAAGAAAAAUUUUAAGUCGAAAGCCUGAAUUUGCUCAAGAACUAGAUUUCCGCAGAUCAUCUCCGCUUCACUUGGCAACAGCAAAUGGACAUCUUGAAGUAGUAAAAGCACUCUUAUUUGUCAACUCUGACGUGUGCUUUGCUCAGAAUCGAGAUGGCCAGAACCCACUUCAUAUUGCAGUGAUCAAAGGCCGAGUUGAUGUCUUGAAAGAAUUGGUUCAGACCAAACCCGAGGCUGUUCUUCUUCGAGCGGAAAGAGGUGAGACCAUCCUGCAUCUGUGUGUGAAACACUACCAGUUGGAGGCUUUGAAGUUUUUGGUAGAGACAAUCAAGGACUCUGGAUUUAUAAAUUCCGAGGAUGAGGAUGGCUCAACUACCCUGCACCUAGCAGUAGCGGAUAGAGAAAUUGAGAUCAUAAGUUUUCUGAUCCUGAAAACUGCAAUAGAGGUAAACGCUGUAAACUCAAGUGGCUUCACAGCAUUAGACAUCGCAUUAGCGCAGGGUCGAAGAAGUUUGAAAGAUGUAGAUAUCCAGGAUUCCCUGCAUCAAGUAGGGGCUUUAAGUGCAGAAGGCUUCUCUUCAACAGUUCAUAGAACGGAAGCUGUCAGGGCCAUGAACUUGCAGUCAAAUGAGCAUGUUAUUGCAACUUUACAUUCCCGGUUGAGAAGGAAGUUCCGUAGGAGAGAGAACCAUCGAUUGGGAGAAAAGCGAAAUGCAUUAAUGAUAGUAGCAUCCCUCAUUGCAACCAUGGCUUUCCAAGCAGGAAUCAGUCCACCAGGUGGUAUUUGGCAAGAUGAUUUACAACAACCAAUAGCGCAUGAAGCUGGGAGGUCCAUAAUGGCUGAUAAGUUUCCAGAUGCUUACAGGUGGUUUGUGACACACAACACUACAGCUUUUGUAGCAUCACUCGGUGUGAUCUUAUUACUGAUAAGUGGGUUACCUUUUAAGUGGAGGUUUUCAAUGUGGAUUCUGAUGGUAAUCAUGUGGGUUGCAAUUACUGAAUCAACAUUUACUUACCUAAUUUCCAUAUAUUGUUUGUCUAGUCGUCCUCAGCGAAAAACUUACAUUGUGACAGUAGUUGUGCUUAGCGUGGUGAUAUAUGGGUUGCUGAGCAUUCUUCUUCUGGGGCAUUUUGUACGCUUGAUUCCUAAGAUCGUCAAGUUUGCGACAAAGUUUACGACACCAAGGGAUCGUCGCAUUCCGAGAGAAUGA